AGCCCCAGGCAGGCGGGUACAGGGGCCAGCAGCUGCACCCGCCCCACCCUCCUUCCCACCCGCAUGCCGAAGGGUGGCCAGGCAGGCAGGUGGACGAGCCCAGGCAGCGGCUGAGUCAGUGUGUGAGGAAUGUUCUGGCCGCUCCCAGCUGCACCCUGCCCCUACCUGCCACCACCUCACCUUCGUCCCCAGGCGCUGCGGCCCUGAGCCCCUGCCAGGAAUGCACCUUUAGCCCAGGCCUGCUCAGUGAGCUCCGCCGACAGCCAGCCCUGCUCCUCCCUCCACGACCCUGCAGACCCCUCUGGGCUUCCAAGUUCCUGGGGGCUGCAGUGAACAUGCUCCACCCGCAUGGCUGGCAAACCAUGGUGGGCCCCAGCUGUGUGGGAUAGAAAAGAUGGGGCAUCCACCAGACUCUCCCAGUGCCCCGGCCCCAGCUGGCACCACAGCUAUACCUGGGCUUAUUCCAGACCUUGUCGCCGGGACCCCCUGGCCCCGCUGGGCUCUCAUUGCUGGCACCCUUGCCGCGGGCGUCCUCCUCGUCUCCUGCCUCCUCUGUGCUGCCUGCUGCUGCUGCCGCCGCCACAGGAAGAAGCGCAGGGACAAGGAGGCCGUGGGCCUGGGCAGUGCCCGAGGCACCACCACCACCCACCUGGUGCAACCUGAUGUGGAUAGCCUGGAGUCCAGCCCGGGGGGUGCUCAGCAAUGGGGGCGCCUGCAGCUCUCCCUGGAGUACGACUUUGGAAGCCAGGAGAUCAGGGUGGGCCUGAGGCAGGCAGCCGACCUGGGGCCUGGGGGCACCGUGGACCCCUAUGCCCGGGUCAGCAUCUCCACCCAGGCCGGACACAGACAUGAGACAAAAGUGCACCGAGGCACGCUCUGCCCCGUGUUUGACGAGACCUGCUGCUUCCACAUCCCGCAGGCAGAGCUGCCAGGGGCCACCCUGCAGGUGCAGCUUUUCAACUUCAAGCGCUUCUCGGGGCAUGAGCCCCUGGGUGAGCUCCGCCUGCCACUGGGCACCGUGGAUCUGCAGCAUGUUCUGGAGCACUGGUACCCGCUGGGCCCGCCGGCUGCCACCGAGCCCGAGCAGGUCGGGGAGCUGUGCUUCUCUCUCCGGUACGUGCCCAGCUCAGGCCGGCUGACCGUGGUGGUGCUGGAGGCUCGAGGCCUGCGUCCAGGACUGGCAGAGCCGUACGUGAAGGUCCAGCUCAUGCUGAACCAGAGGAAGUGGAAGAAGAGAAAGACAGCCACCAAAAAGGGCACGGCGGCCCCCUACUUCAAUGAGGCCUUCACCUUCCUGGUGCCCUUCAGCCAGGUCCAGAAUGUGGACCUGGUGCUGGCCGUCUGGGACCACGGCCUUCCGCUCCGGGCUGAGCCCGUGGGCAAGGUGCACCUGGGUGCCCGGGCCUCGGGGCAGCCCCUGCAGCACUGGGCAGACAUGCUGGCCCACGCCCGGCGGCCCGUCGCCCAGUGGCACCCCCUGCGGCCAGCCAGGGAGGUGGACCGCGUGCUGGCCCUGCAGCCCCGCCUGCGCCUGCGCCUGCCCUUGCCCCACUCCUGAAUGCACCACGUGCCUCUGUCUCCCCGCUGAGCCCAGGCACUUGCUCAGGCCGCCCUGCAGGACCACUGCAAUAAACGCCUUCUCCUGCCACUGUGUCCGGCUGGAACCCGGAGGGGAUGCAGAAAUAGGCCCCGGGUCUACUCACCAGGGCCGCCUGACAAGGACAGGGGAGGGGCUCCUCUCCAGACUCAGCCAGGCCCUGAAGCCUCUGACCGGUCCCUGCUUGACCCUGGGGUGGGGGUGGGGAACCUCCCCAGGAGCAGAGAUCUCCUCUCUCCGGGCCGCCUGGGAAGACCGGGGAGGUGGGGGCCAGAGAGUCGGGACCACAUGGGAUGGGGCGGGCUAGAGCCAGCCCUGUAGGGACACAAUGGGCAAUGGUGUUUGGGGGCUGGUGAGCGUGGAGGGAGGACCCCCAACACCUCAGAGACCUGUGCUGCAGGGCCUUCCCCACACAAGCAGCAGGGGGCAGCAGAUGCCUUCGGAAGCCGCUGGGGCCUUCAGGGGCUCAGUCCUGGCUGGAUGCCCCUCCCCGUCCCCACACAUCUGGGCUGCCUUAGCGGCUGGAGCCUCCACGCUGCUGUCUCCUCUGAUCCUCCCCACGGGGCUGCGAAGCCGGCAGGGCUGGGGCCAAGAGCCCCCACUCCGAGAGGGUGCCAAGUCACAGUCCAGGGGGCCUCUGCAGGGUGGGGGCCUGGGGGCUGGGGGGGCGAUGGCCUUGGGCCUGGGUGAAAAGGGCAAUUCCAGGCCUGCCCGGGCAGCCAGGCGGGCCCCAAGCCCCCACGGAUCAGAGAGGCUCCCAACGCAGGUGGCGCCAUUCUCCUUAGGUUGAAGGAUGGGUUCCAAGUCGCCCGGCGAGGGGACUGCAGCAGGGCGUUCUGGGCAGGCUGGGAGGGGCCCAGAGGCACGUGCGGCGUGCCCCUCACUCCUGGUCCUGCUCCCCAGGCAGGAAGAUAGCAUCAAGCAGGGAGAGGGCAGCCCCCAGCCCUCGGCCUCUGUGGCAGGGCCCAGAAGGCCACAUCUGGAGGUCCAGACCUCACCCCAGGAGCCAGGCUUGCAGAAGGGGGUCAGGCCUGGGCUGAAGUGGGAAACCCCUUGCAGGGGCUGAGCCGGGGAUCUGGCCCCGCAGGGAGAGGCUGUGACAGGCAAAGCCAGGCACACUGUCCUCAGGCUCCUUACAAGAACAACGGAGGCAUCUCCAGUGCGUCAC